AUUACGCGGGAAUCUUUUACGGCCAUGCGGACUAGCGAUUCAUCUAGACCACACGAGUUAUUUAUACACUCUCGAAACUGUCAACAUCAUCCAUCUUCAUAACUUUCUGCAAUUUUACAUAAAAAAAACCGCAUUAUAUUCUUGGAAAUUCUGUGAAUUGCGACUGAAAAUAAAAGUUCUUUUUGUUGGAAUUCUUGGAAAAGAGAGUAGAAAUUCAAGGAUGCUUGCAGUGUUUGAUAAAGCAGUGGCAAAGGGCCCUGAAGCCUUGAAGAAUUUAGACACGGAUUCUGCUCAAUUUUCGGCACCGAAAGAUGGGUCUUUCAUCAAAUAUUUCAAUUCUGUUCAACCAGAUUCUGUGUCAUUGAAUUUUGGUUCAUCUGGUUUCAUUGCCUACUCUUCUCACAAGAAGAACCCACUUCUUCCUAGGCUUUUCUCUGUCGUGGAUGACAUUUUCUGCCUGUUCCAAGGGCAUAUUGAGAACAUAGCUCCCCUGAAGCAGCAGUAUGGGUUGACAAAGACAGCUAAUGAAGUUAGCGUUGUAAUAGAGGCUUACCGAACCCUACGGGACAGAGGUCCUUAUCCUGCUAACCAUGUUGUGCGAGACAUCAAUGGGAAGUUUGCGUUCAUAUUGUAUGACAACACCUCCAAGUCUGUAUUCGCUGCUGUGCAGGAUGCUGAUGGGACCGUGCCUUUCUUUUGGGGAAUGGAUUCUGACAAUAGUCUUGUUCUCUCUGAUGAUGAAGUGGUCGUGAAGAAGGCGUGCGGGAAAUCCUUCGCACCGUUUCCAAAAGGUUGCUUUUUUACAUCUUCAGGUGGCUUGAGAAGCUUUGAAUUUCCCCAGAAAGAAUUGAAGGCGACACCAUGGGUUGAUAGUCUAGGGGAGGUCUGCGGUUCUAUUUUCAUGGUUGAUGAGCAUUCCAGAAAGGAAACUGGAAUGCCAAGGGUUGGAAGUGCUUCAAAUUGGUCAACUCAAUUCUAAUAGAACACAUUUGUUGAGGUGGAAAGGUUCUAUUCUGUGGAUUCAUGCUAUAGUUGCUUAUAUUUUUCCUAUUCUAUUAUCUUGAAAGUGACAUAGUUGAUAUUCCCCAUUCAGUAUAAUUGUGAGUAGAAAGAUGGAUGCAAGUUUAUGCAUAUAGCAUGCACACGUUGCUUCGCAUCAGUUGUACCAUUGAACAAACAACAAUGCUUUUCGUCAAAUUACUAUAAAUGGUUUUGUCAGUUUUGGCGGUGUUAUGAAA